GCGAGCCCGUCAACACGAACGAAAAGAAAUCACAUCGCGUUUUAUUCAAGGAUGGUGCGCUCUUCUUCUAUCGCACUAUGAUGAGCAAAAAAGAGCAAGACAGCGGAAUCUACUGGUGUGUGGCAAAGAAUCAUGUGGGCAAGGCGGUGAGUCGAAAGGCCACAUUGCAAAUUGCCGUUCUUCGCGAUGACUUCCGCUCUCAACCCAAGGACACGCGUGUGGCCAAAGGCGAAACUGCGUUGCUGGAGUGUGGCCCACCGAAAGGCACCCCUGAACCUGCGCUAAUAUGGGUGAAGGACGGCGUGCCGCUGGAUGAUCUGAAAAUGAAAUCUUAUGGACCCACAUCACGUAUACGCGUCGUGGAUGGCGGCAAUUUAUUGAUAAGCAACGUGGAACCCAUUGACGAGGGCAACUACAAAUGCAUUGCACAAAAUUUGGUUGGCACACGCGAGUCCAGUUAUGCUAAAUUAAUUGUACAAGUCAAGCCAUACUUUAUGAAGGAGCCGCAGGAUCUCACCGCACUCUCCGGUCAAACAGUGCAAUUUCAUUGCCUUGUGGGCGGCGAUCCACCACCAAAAAUACUCUGGAAAAAGGAGGAAGGCAAUAUUCCCGUAGCUCGUGCGCGUAUACAACACGAUGACAAAAGUUUAGAAAUCACCAACAUCUCUCCCGCCGAUGAGGGCACCUAUGUGUGUGAGGCGCACAAUAGUGUUGGACAGAUAAGUGCACGCGCCUCGCUAACAGUUCAUGCACCACCCACUUUUGUGGUGAAGCCACAGGACAAAAAGGUUGGACUUAAUGGCGUUGCUCAGUUUCCUUGCGUUGCCGAUGGCAAUCCACCGCCUUCGGUAUUCUGGACAAAAGAGGGCUCAUCCACGUUGAUGUUCCCCAACAAUUCUUACGGUCACAUGCAUGUCUCCGUCGAAGGGACACUGCAGUUGAGUGGCGCACAAAAGGACGAUGCUGGCUACUAUGUAUGCUCUGCCUUCAGCGUGGUGGACUCGACAACGAUACGGGCAUUCUUGCAGGUUACCUCUGUUGAUGAUACUCCACCACCGAUCAUACAAAUUGGACCCUCAAAUCAAACGUUACCCAAAGGUAGUGUUGCCAUGUUACCAUGUCGCGCAUCAGGCAAUCCAACACCACGUGUCAAGUGGUACAAGGAUGGGACAAUGCUGCAGAGUGGCAACCGCUAUACCAUAGUACAGGGUGGUUCGUUGCGUAUAGAUGAUUUACAACAAAGUGACUCGGGACUUUUUACUUGCACAGCGUCAUCUGAGAGCGGGGAAACAUCUUGGUCAGCUACAUUGAUGGUGGAAAAGGGCAGUUCAUCAAUGCUGCAUCGUUCGGUGGAUCCAAGUGCUUAUCCGGCACCGCCCGGCACACCAAAGGUGGUGAACGUCACACAGCAUAGCAUCGGAUUGCGUUGGUCGCGCAGCCAAGAGAAGCCGGGAGCAACUGGUCCAAUUAUAGGCUAUACAGUGGAGUAUUUCAGCUCGGAUCUACAAACGGGUUGGGUGAUUGCCGCGCAUCGUGUGCCUGAUCAGCAAAUAACGAUCUCCGGCUUGAAACCAGCCACAUCUUAUGUUUUCCUUGUAAGAGCUGAGAACUCGCACGGCCUCUCGGUGCCUUCUGGACUAUCGAAUGUUAUCAAGACGCUGGGCACAGAAUCGGGCACGGUGCCACCAACUGAGAUAUCUGCAGCGCGUGCGGUGUUGAGUGGAAAGAUUGUCGAAUUAAUUGAUGCCGCUGCAAUUAAUUCCACUGCUGUGCGUCUGGAUUGGGUCAUGCAUGUCAGUGUGACGGAGAAAUAUGUUGAGGGUCUUUAUGUGCGUUACCGCGACAUAAGCGCCAACUCGCAGCAGUAUAAUAUAUUAACUGUGUUAAAUCCAUCAAUCGAAUCGCAUGUGGUCGGAAAUUUAAAGGAGUAUACGAAAUACGAGUUUUUCCUCGCGCCUUUCUAUCAGACACUGGAGGGUCAGCCGAGUAAUUCGAAAAUUGUGCAGACAUACGAAGAUGUGCCCUCCGCUCCGCCGGACAACAUCCAGAUUGGUAUGUACAACUUGACGGCGGGUUGGGUGCGUUGGUCACCGCCGCCACCACAGCAUCACAACGGCAACUUGUUGGGCUACAAAAUCGAGGUGACCGCUGGCAAUACUCUAAAGGUCCUGGCAAAUAUGACGCUGAAUGCUACAACGACUUCAGUAUUGCUCAAUAAUCUGACCACUGGCGCCACCUAUAAUGUACGCCUGAAUUCGUACACCAAAGCGGGUGAAGGGCCCUAUUCAGAGCCGGUCUCACUGUUCAUGGAUCCUACACAUUUGGUGCAUCCGCCACGCGCUCAUCCUAGCGGCUCACACAGCGGCAUUGCCGGCAGUCAUGGCCAUCCUGGUGGUCCGGGUGUAGACGGCAGCCAUUAUGCUUAUCAUCCUGCUGGCAUGCCGGACGAUGCGGCCACCACAACCACACAUCAUAAAUCAUCAAAUGUGGUGCAUCAGACGUGGUUUAUGGUAUUGGUGAUAGUCUUUCUGCUAGCCAUAUUCUUUGUCACUGUCGGUGUAAUGGUAUUCUUCAAGCGGCGUCACAAGUUAACCAAAGAGCUGGGACAUUUAAGUGUCAGUGCCAACGAAAUCACCGCGCUAAAUAUUAACGGUAAGGAUAGCCUGUGGAUUGACCGCGGCUGGCGCACCACCGAUACCGACAAGGAUUCCGGCUUGAGUGAGACGAAACUGCUAUCGAAUGCGAACAGCCAAUCGAAUUACACUUCAGAUGGUGGCACCGACUAUGCGGAAGUGGAUACGCGCAACAUGAGCACCUUCUACAAUUGUCGCAAGAGUCCUGAAAAUCCAACGCCAUAUGCUACAACAAUGAUUGUUGGGGCUUCUUCGACAGAGACUACCUGCAUGAAAACUUCCUCAUCGAGCACCGAUCAGGAUUCGGGCACACAUUCGCCCAACUCAGAUGGCAAUACACCACAGUGUGGGGGAGGCGGUAUUAGCGGCGGCGCUACGGCGCCUGGUAUGCCACCUGCAAGUAGUGGCAAACACAACUAUCAUCCAUAUCCGCCAGAACAAUUUAAUUGGUCAGAAUUCUUGCCACCACCACCUGAGCACCCACCACCACUACCCAGCGGUUGCAGCGGUGGCGGCACUGGCGCCGGAGGCGUCAUAUAUGCGCCUGGCUCACCACAAUCGUCACGUAAAAGCUCCAAGAGCGGCGGUUCAGGUGUAUCAACGCAUCAGAGUGCUUUGAACUCUUCCAUACAUAGCAGCUCUUCGGGCGGGUUUUCGACGUGGGGGGUGGCACCACAAUGUGUUGCCUCGAGGCCAUCAGAGAAUUACUACAACAAUCCUUUGCCUUGUGUCGGCAGCACACAGAAUCGCUACCAAAUUACACCGACCGGCCAACAUCCACCACCACUACCGCCAUACUAUCCACCCGGCGCCGCGGGCACCGCACAGUUACCGCCGCGAAACAUACAUAUCCACUAUCCUGCGCCAAGGCAUGCAAUGAGCGAAUAUCAGCCAUCGGGCACACAUAAUUCCCGUUGUUCCAAUGGCCGCGCCUGCAAUAGCUGUGAUGCGCUUGCCUCACCGCUCCAACCAUUGCCACCACCCGGUGACGGUUGGUAUCAACCACUACAGGCGCAUUUGCCACCUAAUGCAGGUGGAGCCAACCCCAUCUAUCAAUGUUCCUCAGAGUGUUCCGACCACUCACGGCACUCACACUCGCACACGCAUACGCACAACCAUGGCCACACCCAUCAGCAGCACCAUCAGCACAUGCACGCGCAUCAGCAUCAUGCGCAUGCUGCAGCGGCGGCGCACGCGGGCAACGGCAACGACACAAUGCGCUCGGAGAGUAGCCAAGAGGGCGGCAAAGGCAAUUAUCGUUGUCAAAAGCUAGGCGGCGGCGGCGGCGGCAAUAGCAAUAGUGGUUACGCAGACAUCAAUGAAACGGCGGAGCGCGAACAUAUGUUGAAGGGCAGCGGCGGCGGCGGCAAUGGCAAUACCAGCACACUAGGCGGCAGCUCAUCUUGCGGUUACGAGGUGCUCGGCGAUCAUCGCAAUUGCAGCGACUGUUGCAGCAGUUCGCGCGAAGGUGACACCUGUUCGUGCAGCGAAGGCUCCUGUCUGUACGCGGAGGCAGGCGAACCAGGCAUGCCGCCAAGCAGCGCGCACUUGGGGGGCGGCGCUGGUGGCAUUGUAGCUGCUGGUAAACUAGUGACGCAGCCGGGCAAUUGAUAUGCGGCCGGUGUGAGCGAUGUGGUCAUGUACUUUUAGUGGCUACCGACGGUGCAGCUGCCCAUGUACGAGUAUGCCGAAGGCGGCAACGGUAACGGCAGCGGCAGCAUCGGUGCGGCGCUAAUUUGUGAGUAGUCUAUGUAAGUUGUAUGAGGUAAGCUAUGCGUAUUGACUAUGUAGUAGUGUAGCUAGUUAAGUAUUUGUAGUUUGUAUGUAUGUGUAGGUUAAGUAUACGAUUUUAACAAGGCGCAAUUACGAAUGUACAUACACAUGCAAGGUAAUGGUUGUGUAUAUGUAUUGUAAGCACGGCCAUGAGGCUCAUGACGGCUAACAAUGGCAAAGGUUGCGUGAAGCACGGGCGAAAACAAACAUGAAAAUAAAAACAGAAACUAAAAUUAAUACAAAAACAAGAAAAAACUGAGCAAAAUAAGAACAAAAAACAAAGGAAGACUUUAAAGCAGCAUUUUGCUACCUGAGCUAUUCCAUGUCAAGUGGUCCAAGCUAUUUCGACAUUGUCGCCACUGCUUCUAAAAAUUGGUUUAUUCGUAGAUUUGAAAAUAUGUUGAAAAAGGUUAAUAAUUUUUUAUACAAUGUUGAAAAUCUUGGUAUAGUGAAAUA